AUGGCUCUUGCGGCCCCUCAGCCGCCAUGGGUCCCUGCGCAGCCUCCAGGAGGCAUGCAUAUCCAGGAAUGGAAGUAUGAAAUGCGCCGCGAGGCCCAGCUCAUCAUCCCCGGCGUCUACCUCGGUCCGUUCCAAGCCAGCACCAAUUUAAACAAGCUGGAGACGUUGGGAAUUACGCACAUCCUGUGUCUCCGCGACAGCAUGGAGGCGCGCCUUAUCUUCCCCCGCUUCCCAACCGAGUUCAAAUACCUCACCCUUGACGUGGCCGACUCUGGUGCGCAGAACAUUAUCACCAUCUUCCCUCAGUGCCGCCAGUUUAUUGACGAGGCGAUCAACUGUGGUGGAUCAGUGCUGGUCCAUUGCAACAGCGGCAUUGCCACGGCACCAGCCAUCGUCAUGGGCUAUCUGAUGGACAAGUUUGCAUGGGACUACACCGUCGCCCUGUCCUACGUCCAGAGCAAGCGAUACUGUGUGAGCCCCAGUAGCGCACCUCUCUCCAUUCCUGACACGGCGCAGUUUGAGAUCCAGCUCCGCGAGUACGCGACGAUCGCGGCGGCGCAGCACGCGUACGCGUCUGGCCCCAUGAGUCCCAGUGUGGCCGAGCACAAGCGCGCAUGGGACGGCGAAGGCGACGUGCCAACCGGUUCCAAGCGCCGCCAAGCCGCGUUCGACAUGGACAUGGACGACGACUAA